AUGGUGAGCCGCUCAGCGCAGCUGCCUAACGUGCACCUCCGCAAGGAGUGGCAGCGCUAUGUACGGACUUGGUUCAAUCAGCCGGCGAGGAAGCAGAGAAGACGCAUUCAGCGACAAAAGAAAGCAGCAAAAAACGGUGUUAGGCCAGUUGACUUGCUCCGCCCUGCUGUUCGAUGCCCCACACAAAAAUAUAAUAUUAAAGUGCGCGAAGGAAGAGGCUUCACUCUAGAGGAGCUCAAGGCUGUGGGCGUGUCUCCUCGCGUUGCGCUGUCAAUCGGCAUUGCAGUGGACCACCGCAGGAGAAACAGAAGUCAAGAGUCUCUCACGACAAAUGUUAAUCGACUUAAACUCUAUCUCAGCAAGCUUGUGCUCUUCCAGAGAGGCUCUAAGGCGAAGAAGGGCCUGGCAGGGGUGCCUGCAGACACUCCCAAGUCUCAGCUGCAAAACGCAAAGCAAACAUCCAUUGCCGCCUCUCUCCCCAUUGAAAAACCCAAAAAGAAGAUCCGCGCCCGCGUGAUCACUGAAGAGGAAAAGAAGUUCCGCGCCUAUGCCACCCUCAGGAAGCAGCUGAGAGACGCAAAGAAUGUGGGGAAGCACGCAAAGAAGCUGGCGGAAGAGGCGGAGGCAGCAAACAAGCAGUAA